AUGGUUCAAUCAGACAAAAUCCCUUUCUCGGAAGUCUUUCCAUGGGCCACCUUCCGCCGACAGGCAAAGGCGGACCUUGCACCACCUACGACGAGCUUCGAAGGAAAGACAGUCCUCCUAGUUGGCGCCACCGGCGCAAUCCUUUCAGAAGCGGCCCGCAUUAUUACCAGCCUCAGUGUCUCAACUCUCAUUUUGGCAGUCCGAAAUGUCGCAAAGGGCGAAUCCUUGGCUGAUGAACUGAGGAAAGCAAUCGAAGAGGGCUCUCGCCAACAGCCAAAAAUCACGGUGAUGGAAGUAAACCUCUUAUCCUUUGAUAGUGUUCAGACUUUUGCGACCAGAAUCAACGAAACACAGAACCGUAUCGAUGUAGUGGUCAUGGGUUCUGCUAUCAUGAAUGAUGAGACUAGAGUGACGGCAGAUGGCUGGGAAGAGACAAUCCGCUCCGCAGCCCCGAUGGUCGAGCUCCCAGAUGAUGCUAAGGACUGCUACCUGGAGCAGGUCAGUAACGUCAAAGACGCUGCUACACAGAAGAGCUACCAGUAUGGGCUUGCAAAGAUCAUCCACGCAUGCUGGAUCAGGGAGCUCUGCGCACGCCAUCUUACCGGCAGUAAUCCGAGGAUUCACGUUCACCAGCUGGAUCCGGGUGCCUGUUUCACGCCACUCAGCUCACAAGUUUUGAUCGGUCGGCUGCUGCUUUGGUUCAUUGGUCGACCCGUAGAGAUGUGUGCACGAACUGUGGUGAAUUCAUGCCUACCACUGAUAGGAUCGCAUGGGAAGUUGCUGGUUGAUUACGAUGUUGCUCCGUACCCUGAGUUCAUGGACAGGACACUCGGAUUGGAACUUCAGCGGAGGGUCUGGCUAGAAACUAGCCAGGUCUUGGAGAGCUUGGUCACCCCUCAAGCGAAAGGUUUCCUCUUUGGCCAAAGUUCGUGA